AUGACUUCUACAACCGACGGCUAUGCUCGCGGGCCAUGGCGAGCCUGGCUCACUGUCGUUGGAGCGUUCCUUAUGCAGUUCAGCGUCGUCGGUUUUAUGUCCGCCUUUGGUGUCAUGCAAGCGUAUUAUGUCCAGACCUUCCUCUCGCAUUCCUCCGUAUCCGCCAUCAGCUGGAUCGGGAGUAUUCAGACACUUCUCGAUUUGACUCUCGGUGCAUUCCUCGGACCAUUCCUGGAUCGCGGAUACCUGAGACAUGUCGUGAUCGGCGGGUCGACCAUAUUCGUGAUUUGCCAUUUCAUGCUCUCACUUGCAAAACCCGAGAAGUAUUAUCAAGUUAUCUUGUCUCAGGGAAUCGGGAUGGGCUUAGGAAUAGGCUCUAUCUUUCUACCCACGUCCGUCCUCAUUUCUCAACAUUUCAAACGCAGGAAAGCACUCGCAAUGGGUAUUGUACCAGCCGGCGGCUCCCUGGGCGCAGUUGCCUUCUCCAUCGCCCUGAACUACCUACUCAACGGGUCUCUGGGAUUUGGCUGGUCCAUUCGCGUGACUGCAUUCAUAUGUCUCAGUCUGCUGUUGGUCGGCAAUCUCCUGCUCUUCGACCCGAAACCCGCCAAGGAUGACAUGCCCGCUCAAGAUAUGCAAGAGAAGCCACCCGACGCCAUCGGCGCUGUCAGCGAGGGAGCAGACGAGAAGGAACUCGACGCGCACGCCGAGCACGACGACGCCGCCCCUCCACCCUUCCUGGACCGCGAGUAUGUGUGCAUCCUCGUCCAGGGCUUCUUGAUGGGCCUCGGGUUCUGGUUUCCCUCGUCCUAUGUGCAGCUCUUCGCGGAACAGAAGGGCGUGGACCAGCAGCUAUCGUUCUACACCAUCGCAAUCCUGAACGUGGCAAACGCGCUCGGCCGCAUUGUCCCAAACUGGCUCGGCGACCGAUGGGGUGCCUUGGAGGUGUACGUCCCAUGCCUUCUAAUCAACUCUGGUCUGCAGUUCGCACUCCUCGGGUGCUCGACGCCAUAUGGGCUCGUGCUGUUCACGAUCUUCUAUGGCUUUUUUUCGGGAGCAGUGGUGUCGCUGUAUCUCCCUGUCGUGGCAUCCAUCAGCACCGAAGGUGCCAACGUAGGAAAACGCAUGGGCAUCGCCUUGUUCCCCGCCGGCAUUGCAAGUCUGAUCGGCACGCCCAUCGGAGGCGCUCUAAUCGGACAUGACUACGUUUGGUGGAAGGGCGUCGUCUUUGCAGCGGUUAGUCGAAGUGACUGGGCUGGCUGGCGCUACUGUCACAGCGUCCAUUCUACUGGUUCGGCGGCGCAAGUCAUGAUCAGCUAUCUCCUCGACAGCCUCUCGUCCCCACCCAAAUAUUGCUACUGGCCCAUUAAACUUGUUGAUAAACUAUAG